GUGCGGAGUCCGGGGCCGGGGCACUUACGGAACCCGUCGCGCUCCACCCUUCGGAAAAGGCUCGCGCUGCGUGCAAAGGGCGCGGAGGUGAUUAUUGUGCGCAUGAGUGAGUGAUGCAGACGGCCUUUUUCCAGUAUGGGUUGGUGUGCUCUGCCUCUCUUGCUUGCUGUGGCCUUCAUGGCCCUGGCUUUGGCCGAGAAUCCGUCCCAGAUCCAAGAUACCAAUGUUACGUCACCCAUAUCUAACGUCACCAACGUCGCCAACGUCACCUCCUCCACCCCCACACGAGCCCCAUGGGCAGUCCCUACUACAGCAGGCGCCGAGGCUCCGCGCAACUCUUCUUCGACCUCCCCCACACCCCCACCCCCACACCUCCCGUCUCCGGGUCCCAGCACAGCCCCCGUCAACGGGAGUGGUGGGGAAAGUCACGUCACUCCUAGUCUCCUGCCUGCUUCUUUGCCCACUCCUUCCAGAAAUCCAGCUCCUGACCCCAGCUCUGGCCCUACCACCAACUCCAGCCCUGACCCCAGCUCUGGCCCUACCACCAACCUCAGCCCUGCUUUCAGCUCUGACCCCUUUAAGAGCACCACCUUGGCACACAACAUUACCACAACAGCUACAGGCGGAAACGGCCCAGAACAUGAUGACACUGCUAUCAUUGCUGUGAUGGUGGCCCUAUCCUCCCUACUAGUGAUAGUCUUCAUCAUCAUCAUCCUCUACAUGCUCAGGUUCAAGAAAUACAAACAAGCAGGAAGUCAUUCCAACUCCUUCAGGCUAACCAACGGCAGGAUGGACGACACAGAGCCUCAGAAUGUGCCGCUAUUGGCCCGUUCACCGAGCACAAACAGGAAGUAUCCGCCCCUUCCUGUUGACAAGCUGGAGGAGGAAAUGAACCGUCGCAUGGCAGACGACAACAAACUGUUCCGGGAGGAAUUCAACGCCUUGCCCGUGUGCCCGAUCCAGGCCUCAUGCGACGCUGCCUCAAAAGAAGAGAACAAGGAGAAGAACCGUUAUGUCAACAUCCUACCAUACGAUCACUCGAGGGUCCACCUCUCCUCCCUUGAAGGUGUUCCAGACUCAGAUUUCAUCAACGCCUCCUACAUCAACGGCUACCAGGAGAAGAACAAAUUUAUAGCGGCUCAAGGGCCCAAGGAGGAGACGGUGAAUGACUUCUGGAGAAUGAUCUGGGAGCAGAACACUGCGACCAUCGUCAUGGUAACCAACCUAAAGGAGCGUAAGGAGUGUAAGUGUGCGCAGUACUGGCCGGACCAGGGAUGCUGGACAUAUGGGAAUAUCCGUGUUUCUGUGGAGGACGUGACCGUCCUGGUGGACUACACUGUCCGCAAGUUCUGCAUCCAGCAGGUCGGGGAUGUAUCUGGGAAGAAACCCCAGAGGCUGGUCACUCAGUUCCACUUCACCAGCUGGCCAGACUUCGGCGUGCCCUUCACCCCCAUCGGCAUGCUCAAGUUUCUCAAGAAGGUGAAGGCGUGUAACCCGCAGUACGCCGGGCCCAUCGUGGUGCACUGCAGUGCGGGUGUGGGGAGGACUGGCACCUUCAUCGUCAUUGACGCCAUGCUGGACAUGAUGGCGGCUGAGAGGAAGGUGGAUGUGUUUGGAUUCGUCACACGGAUCCGAGCGCAGCGCUGCCAGAUGGUCCAGACCGACAUGCAAUACGUGUUCAUCUUCCAGGCUCUGCUGGAACACUACCUGUACGGUGACACGGAACUGGAGGUCACCUCUCUGGAGUCCCACCUGGCCAAGCUGUAUGCCCCCUCACCUGGGGCUGGCUGUGGAGGCCUGGAGGCGGAGUUCAAGAAACUGACCUCUAUAAAGAUCCAGAAUGAUAAGAUGAGAACAGGAAACCUGCCUGCCAACAUGAAGAAGAACCGUGUGCUGCAGAUCAUUCCAUAUGAGUUUAACAGAGUUAUCAUCCCUGUUAAACGUGGAGAGGAGAACACAGACUACAUCAACGCCUCCUUCAUCGACGGCUACAGGCAGAAGGACUCGUACAUAGCCAGCCAGGGUCCACUGCAGCACACCAUCGAAGACUUCUGGAGGAUGAUCUGGGAGUGGAGGAGCUGCUCCAUCGUCAUGCUGACUGAGCUGGAGGAGAGAGGACAGGAGAAGUGUGUGGCGUACUGGCCUAGGGAUGGGGUUAUGGUGUGUGGGGACAUGGCCAUUGAGCUGAAGAGAGAUGAGGAGUGUGAGAGCUACACUGUGAGAGACCUGCUAGUGACCAACAACAGGGAGAACAAGACCCGCGCCGUGCGUCAGUUCCACUUCCACGGCUGGCCCGAGGUCGGCAUCCCCACGGACGGGAAGAGCAUGAUCGACAUCAUCGCCGCUGUGCAGAAGCAACAGCAGCAGUCUGGAAAUCACCCAAUCACUGUUCACUGCAGUGCCGGGGCGGGCCGCACGGGGACGUUCUGUGCGCUGAGUACGGUCCUGGAAAGGGUUAAAGCAGAGGGGAUUCUGGACGUGUUCCAGACCGUCAAGAGCCUUAGACUUCAGAGGCCCCACAUGGUGCAGACACUGGAGCAGUAUGAAUUCUGCUACAAAGUGGUCCAGGAAUACAUCGACGCCUUCUCUGACUACGCCAACUUCAAAUAGCGCCCCUAUGGACUGAACAUGAGCCUCCUUCCUCAGCCUCUCUUACUCUCUCACACACACACACACACACACACACACACACACACACACACACACACACACACACGGACCAACGGGCUGUAAUUACAGAAACAGGAACAGAACUUUCAGGAUGGAUGAGGAAGAGAGAGACACUGUUUAUGGUUGGACUAGGACGAACCCCCGCCCCCCAAACUAAAAUCAGAGAUGCCUUCUUGAGUAUUUUGUAACGUUCUUGUUCGUACAUUCCUCUUCAUGGGUCACCCCCGUGUAAAUACGCUUCCUGUCCUGCAGUUUUGUUUUUGCAAUCAGUUCUAGACUGUCUUUUCAUAGGUUCCAGGUAUCUGGAUGCACACACAGCCCUGCGAUCGCGACUCCGAUCGGCGUGCAGGACGAACGGCCGCCCCCCACCCCCCGUCCCGCCGGCCGCUCACUCCCGAUUGGCUGUUUGCCCGCAGCCAUGCGUUGCCGCUCGCUUCGGCUCGUCGUGACCGGGAACGCCGCUCCAUCCGGGAACGCCGCUCCAUCCGCCGUUUGUCCGAGGAGGUUUGCUGUGAUCUCCUCUCGAGCCAGUGGGGGCGACAGAGUCCUUUGUUCGUUACUGCCCCCUACUGUCCAUUCCGGGUUAGUCACAUUUGAGAAAUACUUUUAACACUCCUUGAGCCAGUGAAACAUAAACGAGCCUCUCUGCUCUGCUUGGUUACUGGUUCUUUGUUUACUUGUUUAGUAGUAAAUUUGCCCCAAGCGUUUGAGAGACAACCAAGUGUCGUUCGAGCGAUGAUGGACAAGGAUGUGAACGCGGCUUGUUCGGCUGUUUGUUUGGUUUGUUUGGUUUUUUUUUUUUGCUGUAGAAAUUCCGUGAAUGAGCUCGCAUCCCAGAUAAAAUGGUGGACAGCGUGGAUGACUGAUGGCAGAAUGUUUAGAUGGCAGAGCCCCUGACUACAGAGAUUUGAUCAGAGAAGCACUGAGACACAGUAGCCCAGCAUUGUGAACUGUUUUCUGACCUCAGCCUGGUCUGAGUCCUUUACCUGUAAAUCCACACGUGUGUGUUUGAGAUCAGCGCUGUAUGUAACCUCCUCAGACACUCAUCCCCCUCGCUGAUGAGGAAGACCAUUUUAGGACACUGAAUGUCUCAGAGGGAGACUGACACACCUACUCAUUCUGUCCAAAUAGAGGGUGUGUGUGGUUGGGUGUGUGUGGGCAGAGUAAGCAUACUCCGAUAGAUGUUCUGAUCCCCUGAAACCGAACUGGUACCUUCUCUAUGAAACAUUGUGCCAGUACCCCUCUGCAGUAGCAAACCUUGCCUUUCCCACGUAACCCCUGACAGUGCCCCGUCUCGGACGCGCAGUGGUGGGUUCCGCCCCGACAACAAGCCCCUCCCAUUAUGCAGAGUCCCUCCCCUGUAGCCUGGCAUGGACCCCGCCUCCAAGCAAGUGCCUCACCAGUUCUCCGCUAUACCUUACCGCUGUUUGCUGAAUGUCCUGUUGUAGCCUGGUUAUGACCUCAGUGUUCACUGCUCCCAAAUCUCGGAACAUAUUCUCGUGUUCUCUCAGUCGGUCCUCUGCAAUCCCUCUCAAUCUGUACUGACUGCUGA